GCGCACACGCUCGCCUGGGGGACGGAGCCCCAGCCUCCUGCUCAGCUCUCCUCGGCCGCCGGGGGCCUCCUCCCGGCCUCCGAGCUCCCGGGAUCGCCGGCCACAUCUGGCCCGCAUCCUGAGAGGGCGAGGAGUAAAGGCGCAGCCCGGGGUCCCCGAGGCUCGGUUCGCGGCGCCCCAGGGGCCGGUCUAUGACGAGCGACGGGGGCUGCCAUGGGUCGGGGGCUGCUCCGGGGCCUGUGGCCGCUGCACAUCGUGCUGUGGACGCGCAUCGCCAGCACGAUCCCGCCGCACGUUCCCAAGUCGGAUGUGGAGACGGAGGCCCAGAAAGCUGCAUCCAUGCACCUCAGCUGUAAUAGGACCAUCCACCCACUGAAACAUUUUAACAGCGAUGUAAUGGCCAACGACAACGGCGGUGCGGUCAAGCUUCCACAACUGUGCAAGUUUUGUGACGUGAGAUUGUCCACCUGUGACAACCAGAAGUCCUGCAUGAGCAACUGCAGCAUCACUGCCAUCUGUGAGAAGCCGCAUGAAGUCUGCGUGGCCGUGUGGAGGAAGAAUGACAAGAACAUUACUCUGGAGACGGUUUGCCAUGACCCCAAGCUCACCUACCAUGGCUUCGCUCUGGAAGAUGCCACUUCUCCCAAGUGUGUCAUGAAGGAAAAGAAAAGGGCGGGCGAGACUUUCUUCAUGUGUGCCUGUAACACGGAGGAGUGUAACGAUUACGUCAUCUUUUCAGAAGAAUACACCACCAGCAGUCCUGACCUGUUGUUGGUCAUUAUUCAAGUGACGGGCGUCAGCCUCCUGCCUCCGCUGGGGAUUGCCAUAGCCGUCAUCAUCAUCUUCUACUGCUAUCGUGUCCACCGGCAGCAGAAGUUGAGCCCGUCCUGGGAGAGCAGCAAGCCCCGGAAGCUCAUGGAUUUCAGCGACAACUGCGCCAUCAUCCUGGAGGACGACCGGUCCGACAUCAGCUCCACGUGCGCCAACAACAUCAACCACAACACAGAACUGCUGCCCAUCGAGCUGGACACACUGGUGGGGAAGGGCCGCUUUGCCGAGGUCUACAAGGCCAAGCUGAAGCAGAACACGUCAGAGCAGUUUGAGACGGUGGCUGUCAAGAUCUUCCCCUACGAGGAAUACUCUUCGUGGAAAACGGAGAAGGACAUCUUCUCCGACAUCAACCUGAAGCACGAGAACAUCCUGCAGUUCCUGACAGCCGAGGAGCGGAAGACGGAGCUGGGCAAGCAGUACUGGCUCAUUACAGCCUUCCACGCGAAGGGCAACCUGCAGGAGUACCUCACGAGGCACGUCAUCAGCUGGGAGGACCUGCGGAAGCUGGGCAGCUCCCUGGCCCGGGGCAUAGCUCACCUCCACAGUGACCACACUCCUUGUGGGAGGCCCAAGAUGCCCAUCGUUCACAGGGACCUCAAGAGCUCCAACAUCCUAGUGAAGAACGAUUUGACCUGUUGCCUGUGUGACUUCGGGCUGUCCUUGCGCCUGGACCCCACUCUGUCUGUGGAUGACCUGGCCAACAGUGGGCAGGUGGGGACGGCGAGAUACAUGGCCCCCGAAGUUCUAGAAUCCAGGAUGAAUCUGGAAAACGUGGAGUCAUUCAAGCAGACAGACGUCUACUCCAUGGCUCUGGUGCUCUGGGAAAUGACGUCCCGCUGCAACGCUGUGGGAGAAGUGAAAGAUUACGAGCCCCCGUUUGGUUCCAAGGUGCGGGAGCACCCCUGUGUGGAGAGCAUGAAAGACAGCGUUCUGAGAGACCGAGGGCGGCCUGAAAUCCCCAGCUUCUGGCUCAACCACCAGGGCAUCCAGGUCGUGUGUGAGACGCUGACGGAGUGCUGGGACCAUGACCCCGAGGCCCGCCUCACAGCCCAGUGUGUGGCAGAGCGCUUCAGUGAGCUGGAACACCCAGAGAGACUCUCUGGGAGGAGCUGCUCCCAGGAGAAGAUUCCAGAAGAUGGCUCACUGAACACUACCAAAUAGCUUUCUCUGGGCAGGCUGGGCCAAGCCCCCAGAAGCCGUCCUCCAGCCAAAGACCAGAGGCAGCAGGAUGCUUUCCUGACUGAUGCUUCUGGAAAACCAAGGACUUGCUCCCUUCUUCCCCAGUAGCUGCUCCAUGUUCAGAAGUGGCAGCAAUGCAGUGGCGGCGGUGGCGGCGGGGGAUGAGUGACAGAGGGCAUCCUAUGCCUAGGACAUCGUCAUGGCAUAAGCUGAGCUAGCACCUCCUCAGGAAAUGAGAUUGAUUCUUACAACAGCCAAUAACAUUUGCACUUUAUUAAUGCCUGUAUGUAAAUAUGAAUAGCUAUGUUUUAUAUAUAUAUCUAUCUAUAUAUAUAUCUAUAUGUCUAUAUCUCUCUAUAUAUAGCCGUACUCUGCAAGGAGACAAAGAAAACGAUCAAAAAUGUUCCCGGGGAAUUAGUUUUUAUUGGAGAGUUCUGGAAUGGAGCGGAAGGGACUCGGGAUAGCGUUGGCACUUGACAAUCAGUCACACAAGCAAUAGUUCCCCUGACUGCAGGGAUGAGGGCACAAUUGUAUGAGAAGGAUCCAUGCCUUGCAGCCUGCUCUGGCCACAGAACACUGUUUUGCAAGCAUUACCCUCUGCAGUAGGACGCUUCCCGGACCCAGGGAGCUAAGUCCUGACCCAACACUGUGUCCCAGGGUCUCCCAGGUGUCUUUGUUUCCCUUGAUUGUUAUCGUUGACAUUUGAACCCCACAUCUGACCUGUGAACCUUCUGACUUAGCCUUGAAACUUGGCCCCAUCUUCCUGCUUUGACAAGCUUCCAAAAUCAAAGAAGACUGCUCCCCACCCACGAGAUUGAUCCACCCUCUGCCGAUAAGAUUGAGUUCUUCGAUUCUUUCCUUUGCAUAAGAUACUGUUAUUUGUUCCCAGCCAUUAUCUUUUGUCUUUUUUUUUAAACGUGGCACGCCCGGCACCCAGCCCCUGAGGCUCCUUGUGUUUAAUUUUUGUUGCUCUGCUGCUAGAGCCCCCAGCUUGCCAUGGCAACUAGAGUGGGUUCCACUUCUCAGCCUCCCCAAUAGCAGACAGGAAUUGAAUGGCACACACUGCCCAUCCUCUACAAGUGUGUCGGGGACACUUUGAACCCUGUUUUCCUCGGUCAACACACUGUCGAAAAAGUGAGUUGAGCUUCUUUUGAACUAUUUGGGAGGUUGCAGGAAAAAAAAUCUAGAUUACCCCAAUAAGGAGAGAAGGUGGCUCCUAGCUCCGCCCCCAGGUGGCCUCAUUUGCAGCCAGAAGGUGUGGACUCACUUCUCUCUGAGAAGCCCCCAUGAUUUCCCAUUACCCACACUCACCCCUGUCUGGAAAUGAAAGCUGCUUCUAGCCAGGAUCCAUUGUAAGAAAAGUGCAUUUGCAAGCAUGGAGAGAUAGCUCAGCAAGUGAGGAUGGUUUCCUCACAAACAUGAGGGCCUGAGUUCAAUCUCCCAGAACCCACUGCAAAAGCCAUGUUCAGUGGGACACACUUGUCAUCUCAGCACUGGGAGGUGAACAUCCCUGGGAGCCCAGGGCUAGGAAGACUGUCUCCAAAGCAGAGUGACAACAUCUGACAUUGACCUCUGACCUCCAUCACACAUGCACCCAUGAACACCCUUGCACACGUGCACACGGUAGAAAUGUGCAUUCAUUUUGCCUUGCUCUGGGGACAGAUUGGAUUGCACAAACCCUAUCUGAUGUUAUGAUUUGAAAUUGACAUAAAUUGGACCUCAGGAGACCUGCAGUGUGUGACCUCAUCAGGUCAGGUCUCUUUGCAUGCAUAUUAAGUUUCAUCUGCCUCUCUGCAAGGGGCUGAUUCUCUGCUCUAAGAAUCUCCCUUUAUGGCUACUGGUCUCUGCAUGGUCCUAACCUGCAGAACUUACAAGUGCAUAUUUGAACAGGGGUCACAAAGGAGUUCCAUGUAGAGAUGGGGAAUCUGUCCACUUGGACGAGAGCAGAGAAUGAACUUUAAUAGGAAGAGUGUUAAUCCAUCAACAAAUGUGGAUGUUGCAAAUCAAUCUUUUUUUUUUUAAAGAAAAAUGUGGUUUUGAAGUUAUAUAUUUUCAACCAAAUAGGACCAUGAUUGGCGAACCAUCAAGGGGUCUUUUGUUCCGACUGUAGGAUACAUGGUCAAGUUGGGGGUAGGAUAAAAAUCUAUGCACUCUUUCCCAUGAAAGUGGGCAGCAAACACCGUGGAAAGCCCCAACCCACUUGCUCCUUUGGGCUUGUGAGUGCUAACCUAGUAGCUGUUGUUCAGCGCCCUCUAGCGAUGAAUUUACAGAACGCUGGUCCACUAGUGGGAUUUCUAGGGUUCAAAAGUGACUUCACUUCCGGGUCAUCAUCAGAAACUGGAAUAUGGUGUCAUGUUACUGUGGCUUGUUUUGUUUAUGCCAUUUCUUUUCUUUAUUCAAGAAAAAGACCAAGGAAUAGCAUCAUUGUCAUUCCUAAAAGUGUUGACUCUUGUUCACUAUUCUGCAUAAAGGAAAGGUUUUAUUCUUUUAUCAAACACUUCGGCCAGACUCAUGUAUUAAAAUAGGAAUGUGAAUGCACAAUAUUCUUUUUUAUAUCAAAACCUAAAGCACUUAUUUUCAACCUAUGUGGUGUUUGUCUUUUAUAUAAAUAAAAAUGUCUAGUAGAUCAAAUAAAUCCAAAGUACACA